AUGUUCCGCACCAAGUCGAGAGAGCCCGGCCAGCUCGUCCUCGAAAAGGGCCCAUCUGGCUCUGUGGGCGACGAUGGCCGUUUCAAGAUUCGUUUUCACAGCGAGGCGCACUCCCUCACCUCGUGGUAUCAUGAUCUCCAGAUGAAACGGUCAUGCAAACACCCCACCAGCCGACCAGCCUCGCCCCAACUCCCCAAGGCAGAACCUGAAAGCAUCCCUCGCCUCAACAUCGCCAUACACAUUGUUGGCUCCCGCGGCGAUGUCCAGCCCUUCAUCCCCAUUGCCCAGAGCCUCAGCCGGGCCCCCUAUAACCACAGAGUCCGCAUAUGCACCCACCCGGUCUUCAAGGACUUUGUCGAGGAACAAGGCGUCGAGUUCUUCAGCAUUGGCGGCGACCCAGAGGCCCUCAUGUCUUACAUGGUCAGGAAUCCCGGCCUGUUACCCAAUAGAGAGAGCGUAAAGGCCGGCGAUAUUGGCAAGCGUCGCGAGGAGAUGGCUGAAAUUAUCAAUGGCUGCUGGCGGAGCUGCAUCGAGGCUGGUAACGGCAUGGGCAACCCAGUCACUGCCGCAACUGUCAAAGAUGCCAAGGACCUCUUCGUCGCCGACGUCAUUAUUGCCAACCCACCUUCUAUGGCUCAUAUUCACUGCGCCGAGAAGCUCGGCAUUCCUCUUCAUAUGGUCUUCACCAUGCCCUGGUCCCCCACCGACGCCUUCGCCCAUCCCUUGGCUGCUAUGAACUACGGCGGAGCCGACAAAAAAAUGGCCAACUACAUUUCUUUCAUCAUGAUGGAACUCCUCACGUGGCAAGGUUUUAACAACCGCUCUAGUCUCGGUGACUUGAUCUCCAAAUUUCGCCAUCAGAAGCUUGGUCUCGACCCAAUUAGCCCUCUCUGGGGUUUCCAUCUACUCCCGCGUCUACGCGUGCCAUUCACAUACCUCUGGUCCAAGUCACUCAUUCCCAAGCCGAAAGACUGGGGUUCUUACAUCAACAUCACGGGCUUCUCCUUUUUGCCUCUCGCCAGUUCCUACAAGCCUCCCGAGGACUUAACUGCUUUCCUCGCUGCAGGACCAGCCCCAAUCUACAUAGGCUUCGGGUCCAUUGUAGUCGAGAAGCCCGAGGAGCUCACCAAACUGCUUUUUGCGGCUGUCAAGAAGUCUGGUGUCCGUGCCAUUAUCUCCAAGGGUUGGAGCAAGGUUGGUGGCGACGAGGUUCCCGACAACAUCUAUCUCAUCGGCAACUGCCCCCAUGAUUGGCUGUUCCAGCACGUCUGUGCCGUCGUACAUCAUGGUGGUGCCGGCACCACCGCCGCCGGUAUCGCCGCAGGUCGACCAACUGUUGUUGUCCCCUUCUUUGGAGAUCAGGCUUUCUGGGGCCAAAUGGUAGCUCGCGCUGGUGCUGGUCCGGAACCUGUGCCAUUCACCGAGAUGACUGUCGAUAGUCUUACCGAAAGCAUCACUACAGCCCUGAAGGAGGAUGUCCAGAAAGGUGCCCAGGAGAUGGCCAAGACUAUUGCUGCGGAGAACGGAGCAGAAGAUACUGUGACCGACUUCCUCGAACGCCUUGUCAGCGAGGACCAGCUACAGUGUGACCUGUGCCCAGACAGGCUGGCCACUUGGCUGCAUAAAAAGACCGGCGCGCGCUUGAGUGGAUUUGCCGCCGCCUGCUUAACUGACGAAGGUAUCCUUACGCCGGACCAAGUCAAGCUAAUUCAGCACAAAAGCUGGUAUGUGGACGAGGGCGCCGAGCAUCCCUUGGUAGGAAUGGUUGCUUCCGCCACCGGUUUCGUCACAGCUGUUGCCAUUGCCUCCUCCGAUUAUUCCAAAGCCUGGAAGUAUCGGCGCAGCAGUAAGGUUGAUCAAGAAGCAGAAUCAAGCGACUCCUCGUCCGAAGCCAAAGCCGCCGCACCCAAGGACAGCCAACCUGAACCACCGACACACCCCGACGGCCGCCUCAGAGUCUUGACAGCUGCUUCGAGUAACAUCACUCCCUCGGAAAUGGAAUUGUCAGCCCGGAAAAUGGCCAAAAAAUCUCUGCGCACUUUUCAACCUCCCGAGCCCGCAAUCAAACGCGCACCUACGUUCCAUGACAAGCGCAAGGCGGAAUGGGAGGAGCAUGAGAGAGGACAGCACGGCCGCACGUGGUAUCUUACUCGCAAGACCGGCCGAUUCGGCGUCGAGCUUGCCAAGGCCGGCUUCAAGGCUCCAGUUGCGUUCUUUUGGAAUACGGCCAACGGCUUCCACAACUUCCCUUCGUACGGCUAUGCCGGUAUCGAGGUUCGCCGCAGGGACCAGAUCAAGGGUUUCGGCAGCGGGGUCAAGGUUGCCGGAAAGGAAUUUGUUCUCGGCUUCUGGGAUGCUUUCUCGGGCAUUGUCGUACAGCCUUAUAAGGGUACCAGAGACGAAGGUGCGAAAGGCCUCGGAAAGGGUAUCUGGCGUGGUGGCAAGGGCUUCUUCUGCGGCCUAGGCGCCGCUAUCUUUGGCCUUCCGGGCUACACUCUCAAGGGCGUUGAGAGGGAGCUUUCCAAGCGCCACCUCACCAAACUCAAGGCAGAAAUUCUACUCGUCAGACUCCGCAUGGCACUUUUGGACUUUCGAGAGGCCACUGUGGAAGAGCGCCAGGCGGUGGUCGACGCAUGGAAUGCCAAAUUCUAG